UAAAGCACAAAAAUUGAAGUCUGCAUAUUGGGAAUGGAAUGACUUUGGGACGUUGAGCUGCUAAAGCAAGUGAUCCUCGCGACACUCAGAAGGUCGGGCAAUACCGAUUGCCUUGUAUUGCCCCGUUCUCCGAGAGCGCUUCAUGUUAGCAAUGUUUGCUUUACAAAUGAGUGUGAUUCGCUUGGUAUGUAGCUGGGAUGAUUUUAGCGAAGCGAGUCCUCAAGAGCUUUAACAACGUAGCUGCAAGAAUGGCCCUCCAAUACACAUGCCCACUGUGCACAUACCACACCCGUUCGAGAGGCAUCCUCUACAGGCACCUUCUGCUCCACACCGGUGUCAAGCCGUACUGCUGCGAACACUGCGGCAAGCGUUACGCCUUACCUGAGACGCUCCUGCAGCACAUGACCGACCACAAGGCAGAGCCCCCGUACCAGUGCAGGAGGUGCAGCCUGGCUCUGGACCAUUUCUCCGAGUACCUCAGGCACCAGGUGUACCACAUGUUGAAAAGCAUUCACCGCUGCUCCUUCUGCGGCGAAAGCUUUGAAUGGAAGAAGGCCCUGAAGCAGCACACGAGGCUGCAUCGAAACGGUAGGCACCUUUUUAAGAUGUUCUUCGCGAGAAGACGCUUCAUCGAGAGAGAGCUGGAAUACAACGAAGCGUACGACGCGCCCCUCGACCUAAAGGUGAAGGUGCCUCGGGUGAAGGUGAAGGCCGAGAGCCCGCUGCGCUACGACAAGAACGGCAUCAACGGGCCGGGCCGCGACCAGGAGCUGGACCUGCUCCACUACCCUUCGCUUCCUGCACCUUCUCUGAAUAACUUUAUUUUUCCAAAUUACUCCCCACUAUUGGACAACUACUACAAGUUUUACAUGUACCCGCACCUCAACCUCUUCCCAUAUCCAAACGAUUCAGGUGCCAUCGCGCUCGCUCCGCCCGCAAACGGACAGCCCGCCAACGGGCAGGAGUUAUUGACUGCGGAGAGUGGACUGUUGGCCUGCAGGGUGUGUGGUUGGCAGUUCUCUAAAGUGAGUCACCUGACAGCUCACAUGUACGUCCACACGGGACGGAAACUGCACACGUGCGACGUCUGCAACAAGACCUUCACCCGGAAAGGAUCCCUCAAAUUGCAUCGCCUGCAGCACCUCAACGAGAAGCCGUUUCAGUGCGACAUAUGCCGCAAGACCUUCCUGCAGGCACGCUACCUCCGCGCCCACAUCCUCGUCCACCGCAGGCAGGAGGCCUCCAAAUCGACGGACCGGGUCGUCCCGGGCGCCGGUUCCGCGGAGGGCAGGGUCUUCGAAACGGCGUCCACCACCUUCAGGUCUCCGUCCGUGCACCCUCCGGACAUGGUUCCCGUGGGUUUGACCGUCGCCGUGAAAGAGCUGGAGCACGUGGACUCCCCGGAGUCGUCCGGGACUACGGGACUACCUCAUCGCUGCCCCGUCUGCCAGAAGGGCUUCUCCCAACCCUACAAGCUCCGUCGCCACAUGGUCAUCCACGCGAGUCCUCGCAUACACCAGUGCAGCAUCUGUCAGAAGGUGCUGCCAUCUGUGACGGAGCUGCGCAGCCACAAAAAGUCUCACGGCAGGACGAGGCUGCACUCGUGCGAGUACUGCAAGAAGGACUUCUCCUGUUCGUCCACCCUGCGGCGUCACGUGCGGAUCCACACGGGGGAGAAGCCGUACCAGUGCGAGGUCUGUUUCAAGCGCUUCUCUGACCUGUCCAACAAGAACUGCCACAUGCGGACUCACACGGGGGAGAAGCCAUACAGCUGUGAGUGCUUUGCUUGCCAUCAACGAACAAUGUCGACCAUCCUGUACGAGAACUGAACUGUCCAAUGUGUGUUUUGCGAGACUGUGACCUGUACAUAUAUAAGGCGUUGCACCGUGUUGAUAACUUGGCUACCUCAUUUGAAUGGUGAUAGGACUGUUGUGGAUCUCCACCUGGUGUACCUCGGUAUGCCUCUUUUUCUCUUUUUGCGUGGUAGUUGAUUUUUGAGUGUUGUAUAGAAGUAAGUGUGGGGACACUUAACCAGCCAUGACUGCACUACUGGCAGAGUGAAUAGAAAGAAGGUCAAUUUCUCACCCCCAUAGCGGGAAAUGAGAAAGAAAUGUGACAAUAAAUGCCCCACCACGCAGUAAAUACGUCCGGAGAUUAAACCAGCCAAUGCAAGUGAUUUCUUGGAGGAAAUAUAUGUGGGUUCAUUGCGCUUACAGCUUGCGACUAAAAUUUGGAAAAUUGUGUACGCAAUUUAACUUCAGGAUCUGCAGUGAAUGACACUAUUCAUGUUUGUGGGUUGUGACUUGGAGAUAUGGAACAGAGACUAGCUUCUGGUUGUUUGUGUGUGACACGCAACUAAUUUUAGGGCAGUUUUUCUUUUGCCGUGCCUCAGUGUAAGAGAUUUUCCCCGGAUUUUUUCCUCUUGAAGGGUGACACACAUCUCAGGGGGCUACUGCAAUGUGUAUUCAUACAAAAUGUAUGUUCCCAUAAGAAAUUGUUUACACAGUGUUGUAAGGUUUGGGGGUGCAGGGACAAUCCCUGCUUGGCAUGGUCGAGCAUAUCAAACUACACCAACUAAAAUUUGCCUAAUGCCAACCACUUUUCACGCAAGUAAGUAUGGCUCUACCAGUUGCAGAACUUGCCCUAUUAUUAUCUGCGUCUACUUUAUUUAUUUUAUUAUUACCCGUCUACAUCGUGCGAGAAACUUUUGGCAAAAAGGACCAGGAAGGUCUUGAAUGCAGUCUCCAUAAUGAACAGUUAGCUGAACCAAAUUUUCACGUUAGUUUUGGCACGAGUAAGAUGAACUUAGGAAAGCUAUGCAAUGAGACGGAGACACUUAUACGAUCGUGGGAGUUGACACCAUUUAAAGUCUGCCGAACUUUUGAAGUACGCAACCGCUGUGGUCAUGUUUAGUACCUGGUAUCUCCGCAAGGCUUUUUGUUCCCUCAUAGCACGAAGUCGAAGAAUUUUUUGGGAAAUGUGCUUCUGCGAAAAUUUGAUGAGGCGCAGUAACGUCACACGAUUUUCACGUGCUCCGUGAGUGAUCCCGAUGCAGUGUUUUAGUUUCAGAGUUCUUCUAAUGAAUUACAUCCGCGGUUUUCGAGCAGUGAAAAUGGCAACGUCCAUCCGGUGAUCAUCUGUGAGCAUCUGUCCAUUUGAUCUGCCAAGAGCAUAUCCCUUAUUACUCUGUCUGUGAAAAGAUGGUUGUAGAGCAGGAGUGCAGUCCAGUGUUGUAACUAGAAUGCUCAGUGUAACAUAGUACUCGCUAUAAAAUAAAAACGGCAUUCAAAGUA